GGGAAACACCGACAACCAAAUCCCGAAUCCAAAAUUAGUCAUUGUCUUCGAUGACUCGUAGGCUCGCGCUUUCUAAGAUCGUCCACAAAAUACAGAACUCAAACUACAGAAAGCAGUCGGACUCAAAGCCUUGAUGAUACACGGACAAACUGUCUGUAUUGUGUGAAGUCCUAACUCACUGACUGAAAGAAAGAAGUCCAGGUACCAUGACUCGCCUUUCAGAAACUACAGGAAGUGAAGCAGAAGCAACAUCAAGGGAACCAGCCGAACAGCAGAGAGAGUCUGCCAAACAAGAGAGCUGGAAACCAUAUAAAGACAAAACAUGCUGCAGUGAUGGCCACGCACACACACAACCCAGUCCGGUCCAGUCUAGUCCCAACCCACCACAAAGUGAAAGAAAGGAGAAAGCUGAAACUGGCAAACGCCUGCAGCAGGUGUGGAUCAGAGGAGCAGCAGUGCAGUCAGAGUCACUCUGCAGGGGCAGGAGGCCAAAGAGGACAACACCCAAACCUGCACGGGGAGGAGAAUAAGGAGGGUGACUGGGACCGGGACCAGAACCAGGCCUCCUUAAACACUGUGUUACUAGGGAGUCGCAACAGAGGGAGGCGCAGCAGCAGACUUUCACUUGCUGCUGCGACGCCCAGCUUUGAAAAGCAAGCAGCAGUGGAGCCAAGGGCGGCCGGACCCGUUAUCUCCAGCACUGAGCAGCAGCACCACUGCCAAAACAUGGAUUUUAAGUCUAACCUCAAGAUGGUCAAACCCAAGAAUGAGGAGGAGCGCAAGGUGAACUCCUCUCCACAGGUGGACUUCCGCUCUGUGUUGGGAAAGAAGGGAACAGCCAGCAGUAACGGCAGCAAAGCAUCUGAGUCACCUGGAAGGAACCCAGCAGACUUCCGAUCCAUCCUAACCAACAAGAAGAAACCAACAGGCCCAGAGAAGUACGGGGAGAAUGAGAAGACGGUGGUGAACAACUGUGUGGAUGGAGAGAUUAGCGAGAAGAAGAGCGGAGGAGGGAAGGCGCCCGAGUUUGUGGAGAAGCUGAGAGAUGUGACGGUGCUGGAUGGGCAGAGGCUGCAGCUGCAGUGCCGCCUUGCCGAGCCUGCGGAUGCCUCCAUCGCCUGGACCCUGGACGGGAAGGUCAUCAAGUCGUCCAAGUUCAUCAUCCUUGCCAAAGAAGGCGGCUUGUGCUCUCUGACCAUCGACAAAGCUCUACCAGAGGACGAAGGCCAGUACAGGUGCAGAGCUGAGAGCUCAGCAGGAAAAGCCGAAUGUUGCUGUGUGGUUCUGGUGGAUGAUCCGGCAGAAAACUGUCCAGCUGACAAGAAGUCCAAGAAGUCGACGCCAACCUCAGAGAGUGAAGCCAGAAUCAAGAAGCCGACUCCCAAGACUCCUCCCAAACAAGCUCUGCCCCCGCAGAUACUACAGUUCCCAGAGGACAUGAAGAUCCUGGCAGGGGAGAAGGUGGAGAUCCUUUGCAAGUUUUCUGGAGCGCAACCCAUCACUUGCACCUGGCUCAAGUUUAGGAAACCAAUCCAAGAGGGCUUGGCUGACAUCUCCAUUGAGAGCACUGACGGCAGCAGCAGACUGACCAUCGCCAGCGGUCAGCAAGACCACUGUGGCUGUUACACCAUCGAGCUGAGAAACAACUAUGGCCUCAGACAGGCCGCCCUCAACCUCACCAUCGUCGAUAAACCUGAUCCCCCAGCAAAGGUUCCUGCAGCCUCAGAUGUCCGACGGUCCAGUUUGACUCUGUCUUGGUAUGGGCCGACGUACGAUGGAGGCAGCGCUGUGCAGUCAUACAACCUGGAGAUCUGGGACUCUGUGGAGCAGCAGUGGAAACACCUGGUGUCCUGUAACAGCACCUCCUACAACGUCCAGAACCUGCUUCCAGAACGUCAGUAUAAGUUCCGCAUCCGGGCAGAAAACAUCUACGGAGUUGGAGAGCCGAGUGCAGAAUCGGAACCUGUUACUGUUGGACUAGUGGACAGUGAUGAGAACCAGGACGAGGCCGAAGAGGAAGAUGAUGACUUGGAGAAGGAGCCCGAUUACCGAGACGUGACCGUCAGGACAGACGUCAAGGUGAAGGAGCUGUAUGACGUGGAGGAGAGGCUGGGAACGGGAAAGUUUGGACAGGUUUUCAAACUGGUGGAGAGAGCCACCAAGAAGGUCUGGGCCGGAAAGUUCAUCAAGGCGUAUUCAGCCAAGGAAAAGGACAAUGUCCGGCAGGAGAUUGGCAUCAUGAACAGCCUCCAUCACCCUAAGCUGGUGCAAUGCAUCGAUGCAUUUGAGGGAAAAUCUGACAUUGUCAUGGUCCUGGAAAUGAUCUCGGGUGGUGAGCUGUUUGAGCGGAUCAUCGAUGAGGACUUUGAGCUGACAGAGCGGGAGGUGAUAAAAUACAUGCUGCAGAUCAUUGAUGGAGUCAGCUUCAUUCACAAACAGGGCAUUGUCCAUCUUGACCUCAAACCUGAGAACAUCAUGUGUGUCAACAAGACCGGAAGCAAAAUUAAGCUCAUUGACUUUGGUCUCGCCAGGCGACUAGAAAACACUGGGACCCUAAAGGUUCUGUUCGGGACCCCAGAGUUCGUGGCCCCAGAAGUAAUCAACUACGAAGCAAUCAGUUACCCGACAGACAUGUGGAGUAUAGGAGUCAUCUGUUACAUACUGCUCAGUGGUCUCUCUCCUUUUAUGGGCGACAAUGACAACGAGACUCUGUCCAAUGUCACCUCGGCCACCUGGGACUUUGAAGAUGAGGCCUUUGAUGAAAUCUCAGACACUGCCAAAGAUUUUAUCACCAAACUGCUGAAGAAAGACAUGAAAGCUCGGCUGACCUGUGCUCAGUGUUUCGAACACCCCUGGCUGAAACAAGACACCAACACCAUGAAGGCCAAGAAGCUCUCUAAGGAGAGGAUGAAGAAGUACAUCCUGAGAAGGAAAUGGCAGAAAACUGGUCAUGCUGUCCGAGCCAUUGGUCGACUGUCAUCCAUGGCAAUGAUGGCUGGAGUCAGUGCCAAGAAAGGGUCCCCAACUGAAGAGGACAACCAGUUCCUGGAGUGUUUGGAGUAUGAGCAGAAGACCGAGUGUAAGCCCAGUUUCAGUGUGGUCAUCAAAGACGUGGAGGUUGUGGAGGGCAGCGCCGCUCGCUUUGACUGCAAGAUAGAAGGCUUCCCUGACCCUGAGGUGGUGUGGUACAGAGACGAGCAUCCCAUCAAAGAGACUCGACACUUCCAGAUUGACUACGAUGAGGAUGGAAACUGCAGUCUGGUUAUUUCAGAGGUUUCAGGAGACGACGAUGCCAAAUACACAGUGAAGGCGGUGAACAGUCUGGGGGAAGCAACCUGCACUGCUGAGCUGCUGGUAGAGGUGAUGGCUGGAGAGGAAGAGGAGGAGGAAGAGGAAGAAUAAAUGACUGUCUGGACUCUGAUAGGAGUAGGAGGUGAUAGACAUAGUCAUCACUUGUCCUGCCUCUGUCAGGCUGCCUUACAAACCACCACACCCGCCAUUAAUUACAGCCUCAUCCUUACCUUUCUGUCCAUAUUUAAAAUACUGUAUAAUAUAAUUUAAAACUAUCCGGUGGCAUUACCACGACUGGAUUCACUUCUUGAAGAACAUGUUCAGGUGACUCAAAAAGAUAAUCUGCUGCCAAUUUGUUGGCAGCAGAUUAUCAGAAGAUUAUCAUCAGAUUCAAUGACUCAUUGAUAAAAAUGAGUUUUUCAGUGUUUUUCAAAUUUUCAGUGUGUACAACUAGAAAAUGAUUUUUGGUUUGGUAUGUUCUUUGUCACAAAUCUCUUACAUUAAAACAAAACAAUUUUCCCCAAGAAUUAUUAAGACUAGUUUGACCAUCAGUGCCACGAAUGUCUAUAUAAACUGUGAUUGGUUGAAUGAUGUAGAGACAACGUACAUAGAAUCAAUUCAAAGUCAGUUUAGCUUUAGGGUGAGAAUCUGGGCUUAUAGCUAGAAGUAUGAGUAUCCAGUAUGAGGCUUCAGGUGUGAUGGACCAACAUGAGGAGCAGCCCAACGGCAGUGAAACAUCAAAAUGACACUGAUUCAGAGCCUGUGGGUAUUCAGGUGGGGAAGAUUAUGAGCAGAGCCUUGUGUUCCUAGAGCUGGGUCACCAAAAGCUGUCAUACACCCAAACGUACUCCUGAAUGCACGAUGAUGCCUUAUGUAGUCACACAGCCCGGUUGAUGAUUGUUAGCUAAUGGACUUUUCCACUCGAAUUGUCUCUUCAACCUCAAUGCUUUAAAGUUUACAGUUUACAGUAUCAUCUGUAUUGUGUUGGAAGAAAUAAGACUAAUAUGUCCAAUUGGUAAAAAAGUCCCUUAUUUAUGAAUGUAUAGUGGACAUUGGAAAUAGAUUCUAACAUUAGCAUUAGCUUCAGCACAAACUAGCAUCUUCUGAUCCUAUUUUAAAGCAUGUGAGCUCUAAGCAGAGAACUUGAAAUGAAACAGAUGGUGGUCAUUUAUCGACAUUCUGACCUGUGGCAUUGUUAUUACAAGCGGCCGAAGCAGCAACCGUAAAAGUUUCUAAAGGCUAUUAACCUGAAAAGUAGCUAGGUUAAAUCCACAGGUAGAUAGAACAUACAACAUAACAGAUUGCUACCAUAGUAGAAACUGGUGAAACAUUGGCUCCUCGUCAGCAUGGAUUUGGGAAGUGAUGAUGGAAGUCAAGUGUCUAGGAGGGAAUCCAGAAUUGUAAACAAUAUUUAAAUGUUUUUGUUGUAAAUGUUUGUUUUUUACUGUAGUAUUUCUACUGUUGAAAUGUCACCUGAUGUCACCCAGCUCUGUUAAUACAAGGCUCAGGGCAAGCGCAACUAUUAAAGCUAUAAGUUGCAUGUUUGUGUCUGACCUGGCUGCUCCAGCUGAGAAGUCGUCAAGUCUUCUCUGUUUGUUGGCUGCAGCAGUCUAACCGUUCCAGUCGACACUACUCUCCUUUAUGCCGUCAGCCUAAAAGCAGCUCCAUGCCACUUAAACGACAGGCUGGACAUUAAAACGCUGUUUACGGAAGUCACUCUUACUUUUGGCACCAUGCUCUUUCUGACGAUGACAUCUAGGAAUUAAGUUCCAGUUUGUAUUUAUAAACUGUGUGGAAGAUGUGAUUUAAACACUGACGUCUAAGUUGUCUCUAAACAGUGUUUUGCCACAUUCCAGCUGUUUGUGUUUUGUGUCCAUUUUUUUAAAGGCUUUUGACUGAAAACCCCAAAACCAAAGAGACAUACUCACCCGUGUGUUUGUGUGUGACCCAUCUGCAUCAUUUGUCUCCAGACUUGACCUGUCUGUGUGUUCAGAGGCUGUUGUAUUUUGGACUUAUUUAAUGCACAGAUUCAUAAUUAUAAUAUUCUUCUCGGCACUUAAUGUGUUACAUUUAUUAUGAGUGUCCUUAACUAAAACAGCAGUUGACUCACUCCUAGACAGACUUGUUUUUGUAUUAGAUGUAUGUAGAUCAUAUUUGUCAAAUAUUUUAAAAUAUAUAUCUGUUUGACAAACUGCAGAUCACAUUUAUGAAAACACAACCACUGUACUUACUCACAAAUACAAAUAAAUUAUCACAAACCAAACA